AUGCCCAACUUUUUGCAAGACAUCAGUCCCAUGAGUUGUCACUGUCGUGAAGACAUUGUGAAGUACUCGGAUGAGCCUGUUUUUAGGGUACGUCUGACGUACAUCAAUGGGAUACGCACAGACAAGCGCGAUUGCUUGACAGCCGCAUCCGUCAUCAGCGGACUGUUUGGUUGUGAUUGCUAUCCUUUCUGGAACAAGACUGCAGGUGCACUUGCGGAUCUUUCACAGGCUGCCCGACAAAAGAUUUUCAAUGUUGAGACCUCUGAAGUCAAAGAUCUAGCUGAACAUUUGAAAUUGCAUCUGCGUGAGGCUCGAAUCUUGGUGAUUGUUUUUGGUGGAGCAUCGAGCCUGACCAACGAUGACUACGGCGACACUGUCAACUACUACAGCACGAAUGAGCCCAUGUUGUACAUCGAUGCUCGAGCAUCGAAGGCGCUCAAGAAGCUCGAGGCUGAGGGCGUUGCGAGCGCACAGGUUGAGCAAGAUGGAACGUCUUUCAUCUUCUUGCAUCCUGUUGCAGGAGGACGAUUUGGGCUUGUUGAUCAUUCUUUCUUGGGUGCAACGUACAUGAAGGCUCUCAGGGUGACUCUUUUGAUGGCUCACUGUAGACGCCCUGAACCAAUCACCGCUCAACAGUUCGAAGCCGAGAAGUUUCGGACUCAGCAUUUCAGCUGGUGGUCUCGCCUAGUUCGGAGUAUUGAAACUUCGGAAUUCAUGAGAUCGAGAUCUAGUCAGAUGAGCGCGCCAGGUGAUCAUCAUGAAGCAGAUGAGGGAAGCCUCUCUCCUUCACGGCAGAAACCUCUCAGUCUAGAAAACAACGGCGAUAGACAAAGGCGACAUCGCCUGUCUGGUCGAGAAGUAGUCAGUCGCGAGAUGAAUGAUCAAAGUCUUGUUGAGACUUUCAGAGAUGUUGGCGAAAGGAAGCACGAUGUCAGAAGGGCUCGUCGCAGGGAGAAUGACAAGGUCGGAGAGAAAGAAAGGCUCAAGGAAGGAAGUGAGAAGGCGACUGUGUUUGAUGACUCUCGGGUGCUCCAUGAUCCCAGCUUGCUAUCAAGUGAGGACAGCGCGGACAAUGUCUGCACGCCGGCGCCGCCUGCUGAACCCCCCCUGUCUUCACUACGAAGCCGAUUGGGACAUGUCAAGCAUGGCCUCAAGAAAAUUCUCUCUACCUCAUCAGCUGCAGCUCCAGAGACGCGUGCGGUGGGCGGGAGUUCGCAGAGUCAGCCGCAGCCUCAAGAUUCAUACCUGAAGGACAGCAGUGAAGUCAUUUGCCUUCAUACCAUGCUCGGCCCCUCAGAUGUCGUUAAUGAAAGUUCCGAGUCUCAACGAUCAAGCUCGGACUUCAACUUUGUACCAGUGGAGAAUCGUAAAGUGAGGGAAACAGCAUCAGCAACAUUUGUCUUCGGCAAAGAUGAACCUAUCCAGUCCAAUGAAAGAUGCGAUCUGUCGCCUUUCCAAGAAGGUAGUUAUGCAUCCGAAGACAGAGAGCAGGAAGUGGUUGAGGAGAAGGUCCAUCGUGAUUUGAAUAAAUCAGCUUCCAUGUUUAGGACGGACAUGCUUGAUGAAGACGCGACGGUGAAUCAAGAUGAGCAUCAUUCAUGUCUGCUGUGGGUCUUUGGCAUCCCAAAGGAACGUCAAAACCUUCGUGCCGGCUUGAUUCACCCUGCAUCGCCGUUUGGGACAGUGUGGCUUUUGCUUGGAGCUAGUCUGCUGCUGUACACAGCAAUCGUCACUCCCAUCACAAUCGCCUUCUUCUGGGAUCGAGAUGUUUGUUCGCCUAUUCCAACUCUUCCUUUCGACGUCUUCGUGGAUUCUUAUUUUUUGUCGGAUAUCAUCUUGUCUUUCAACACUGGCAUCUUCUUCCAGGGGCGGUACCUUUAUGAGCGUUCGGUUGUAGCAAAGCACUACUUUCGACAUGGGUUCUUGUUCGAUGCCAUCACAUCAGUUCCCAUUUCUUACAUAGAAAUGUCCAUCUUGUCGACUUGUGAAGGCAGCAACAGCGUUCAGUUGUCAAACCCAGUGAUGCUGCGUUUGGUUAGAAUCAUCAAGCCUCUCAGAAUAUUCAAGCUCUUGAAGGUUCUGAAAGUCGCUAAGUCAAGCUCCACUGCGAGCACGAUCGGAGAUUUAUUGCGAAUUCCUCCAGUCGUCAUGAGGCUUAUUCUCGUUGUGUUGGUAAUGGCGAUCAUCAUUAACGCAAGUGCCUGCCUGUUCUGGCUGCUGAAAGUCUUGAGCGAUGACGAUAUUGACUUGUUGCUUGAGAGCAAACACGCGAACAGAGAGCCUAAGUGGCUGAUGCAAUAUUUGAUCUCCUUCUACUUUAUCGUCACAAUCUUUACUACAGUUGGAUUCGGUGACAUCAGCGCAAACAACCCGACUGAAGUCGGAUUCGUUAUCAUCCUGAUGCAGAUCGGUGCGAUUCUGUUCGGGAUUCUCUUGGCGGAGGUGCAGGAGGCUGUGCAUCAGUUUCAGCGCGUGACGAGAGACAAAGACUCCAAGGUUCAGCAAGUCGUUGACUUGCUGAGAGACUAUGAUGUUCCUCGGACCAUAGAGACGGAGGUGUUGAACUGGGUCAAGUUCGACCACGAGCACAAGCAGAAAGGCAGCGAGAGGGACAAGGUCCUCCGUUUCCUGCCUCCCUCUCUCAACGAGAAGCUCCUCUCCUACAUGGACGGUGACGUCAUCAUGCGGGUCCCCCUCUUCUCUCUCCUGGAGCAUCCGGAGAAGAUGACCUUGAUCCUUGACCUGUGGGUGGUGACUCAGAGUCUGACCUACUUCCAAGGGAGCAAGGUGUUCGACUUCGGCAGCACGAGCGACGGGCUCUACAUCAUCACCAGAGGGAGUGCCAAGGUCGAGUCACUGGAGCAGACGAUCAUGACGCUGAAGAAGAGCGAUUAUGUCGGUGACUGGUCCCUUGUGGGCGAGGCCAGCUGGGGAGCCUCGUCUCUGAUAGGGCUGAAGGACGUCGACUUGAGGAUGACGGCGGAGACCAACAUCGUCGCGAUCAAGAUCAGCACCAGAGACUUUCGCAGCGUCCUUCAGCAACACUCUGCUGUCCUUCAAGAGGAGCUCAACAGCCUCGCCAAGAGCAUGCCUUUGUUUCAGAGGCAAAACAUCGACAAAAUAGAUGGCACCUUUGCAAUCAGUACGGCACAACGUGCAGCUGUCAUGUGGGGUUUGCUGAGCCACAAGCUGCGGCGAACGGAAGGGAAAGACAAGUCAAAGUUGUUCACGGUGGGGAUGGUAGCAAGGCACGGAUCGACUGUCAGCAUUCAUCGGAGAACUUCCUCCGAAUCUCGUGGCCUUGCUGCCACUUCCCAUGCGCUGACCAUGGAGGACGCGAAAGGCGGAGAAGAUUCCGCUGCCGCAGCCCCAGCAUGGCUCGAGCAGCUCCAGCAGCAGUUGGCUAAGAUUGAGAGCGAGCAGCAGCGGCUAGCCGAGGCAGUGAAGCAUCUGUCCGACAGGAUCAAGGCGCCAGAGCAGACUCAUGAGGGUGGAGCAGCAUGA